AUGUUCCAGCAGGUCGGGCAGUGGGGCCAAGUGCUGUCGCUGCUCGCGGGGGUGCGCGACGUGCUCGCGGCGGAGUGGCGCAACAUACGUGCCGCCGUGCUCGCCCGAGAGCGCGUGCGCGAAACAACUCCACUCUCUAGCAGCCGGAGUGCCGGGGGGGCCAGCGCGUGCGAGGUGGGUGGGAGCACUGGCUGCGGUGUUUGGCGCUGCGGAGCGUGGUGUGGGAGGCGACGCUGGAGCCUGACGACCUACAACGCUAAGGUCAGCGCGCGUAAGAAGGGAGAGCAGUGGCAGCGGGCUCUGGCGAUCUGGAUCGAGAUGCGGGUGGCGAAGAUGGGUCACAUUGUCAUCUUCUACAACGCUGGGAUCUGCGCCUGUGGGAGAUUGUGGGACAGUGGCGGCGGCAGGCGUUGUCGCUGCUCGGCGAGAUGCGGGAUGUUCAUAUUGCGACGACCGAAAGCAGCCACAGCUUGA